AAAAGAUAAGAUUACACAUAAUUAACCAAGUCAUAUAUUUCCUCCGUAGAUAACUCUGUUAUGGCGACGAGUUCACAUCAAACCCUCUGGUGCCACAGACAAAACUAAUGUUUCACGCAACAAACGAACUAAAGAACAAAACAAACAAACAAACGAGUGUUAUUAGUAAGAUAAACGUUUGAUAUUUUGCGUUUAUAGACACAAGGAGACAAUUCAAUGGAAUCUCAGGAGACCCUGGACUGCCCUCUGUGCCAAGAGCAGUAUGACAUGGCCACAAAAGUCCCUAUUUUGAUGCCUUGUCAACACACUGUCUGUGAGUCUUGUGUUUUGAGACUUGUCAUCUCACGAGAGCCAACGAGCGAGGUGACUGAAAGCGGCCCGAUCUACGAAAACAUCCACGCUAACGCACCCAGGGCCAACGCCAGCCUCGACGCCCUGGCGAAUGUCAUACGGCAGCACCCCCCUCUGCGAAAAGUAGGCAGCCACGAUCAGUCCUCCAAGACAUUUUUCUCCAGUCUCGGGACAGGUCUUUUGCGCAUCGCUCUGUAUCCCUUCCUUAUGGGGAUUCCGCGCCCCUCUCCGCUGGCGCUGGACCGAAGCCUCGAGCGCAAAAGGCGGCGAUCCCAGAAGAGAAGCGCAUUCAGUGCCCGGUCUGUCGAACCGCCAUCAACACCUCCUCGCUGCAGACGAACAGGUAUGUCGUGGCGCACAUGAGAGCCGUCGGCCGCCUGGGGACCGCCCCCCCCGCCCCCAGAUCCGAGUUCCUGCCGGUGAACUUCUGGUGCGAGGACUGCAGCUCCCUCGCCAAAGGCACCUGCAGGAGCCAUGCAGUCCGGGCGCUCCAGAAGUGGGUUGAGGAUAUGAGAGCUAACAAGAAGGAUUCCUUGAACACGCUGAGCAAGCUACUCCGUGAACAUACGACUGAGGUGGAUAAUUUGGAAAGUAUUGUUAAAACAGCGCUCCACGCCUUAUCCUUAGCUUCCAGGAAGUUGUGGUCGGAUCGCCAGGCCUUGCAGGAGGUUGGAGAGUCCCUGAAAGCGCUGCAGGAGAACGGUUCCCCUGGACAGACUCUCGCAAAGCAAGCUAUUUCUCUCAGUAAAGAGAUGGAGGCGCUGUCGCAGGUGGAGAGAUUCUUUCCGGCCGCGGCAGGCGGGGCGGGGAGCGAGGAGGUGGCGCUCCGGCCUCACGGCGGCGGACUGCUCAUCAGCACGCAGAACCCGGACCGCUCUGUGCUCGUGAACAUCAGUGAAGGCAACAGUGGACCCUCUGGCGUUUAGGCUGAGGGAGAAGGCGUCGAGCCAGAGGAACGGUUGCAUCUGGCCUCAUCAUUUGCCUUCGUGAAAACUGGGUGUUGUGAAUACUGGAAGCUAACCUGUAUAUUUCAAAAUGCGUUGUUGGACUUAUUCAUUCCCCAGACUUCAUUUUGCCACAGAAACCCUUAUCAGAUAGAUAGUAAUAUGCCUGUUUCAUAUCACAUUAUGUAAGUUUGCCCAGAUAGGAAGGAAGCAUUAUUAAUGUCAAAAAACAUUUCAUUUUGUGGAAUGUAGAUUAAGCGUUUUGUUGUUUCUACAAAUAAGAUCCACAUAUUAUGUUCAGAUACCUGUAAUAGAUCCAUGCAACAUUAGCAUAUUUUGCUGUAGAGAAAUAGAGGCCAACUGGCAGCUUGCAAUCUCAAACGACAAAUAAUAUUGCAAUCAAUAUGUAUGUGAGUGCAUGUAUGUAUAUGUGCGUGGGAGUGAGACAAAAGGAAAAGAGAGAGGGAGAAGGAGAGGUCGAUGCAUAGAUAGAAAGA